ACUCAGGCCGCCCGGAAAAAAAAAAGAAGGAAAAAAAAAAAAAACUGAUCAUGUGAACACUAUCCCUUCUUAAGCUUCACUUCAUGCUUUUUUCCAUCCGAAAUAUUCAUUGUCUCAAGUGACUGGAAGACUUGAACAUGUGAAAAAGCCUUAUUGACAAUAUUAUAAAGAUGCGAGAAUAUGAAGGUAUUGGCCAAAUAGUGAAUUCUAUGGUCGCUUUAUCAUGUUUUCUCCUAUUUGAUAUCCUCUAGAUCUGUAUAAUAAACGGAUGACCUCUUAGCAAGUUGUGAGUUACUGGAUUUUAAGAUCCAUGAUGCGUUUGACUUGCUUUCUUUUUGUGAUUGACUUUAAGUAUUUGCUAAGCUAGCGCUAGAGUGCUUGAAUAAUCUGUUGGGUCAGUUUCCAAUUCCAUAUUAUGUCAAGAGAUUUUGUGGAUCUAGUUAUUCAUAUCUUUGAUCACCAUUUUUCUUUUCAAAUCAAUGAUUAGUCCAUAUCUCCUCCAUGAUUAACUUUCCAGUUCUUAUCACAAUUUCGGUUCUCAUGCUGUGGCUCUAUGAACAUCUUUUACUUGAGCUGCAAAUGUCAGGUUAUUUCUUAAUCUGAAACUAGUCAGGCAUUGUUUGUGUCAGUAGUUUGGUUUUUCUUCCUGAUAUUUCUGGUUUAAGGAUAUAUGAAAGCACUCAAUAUCCUCAGUUCAGAAAAUACAGGAAUGCCAAAACUGAAUGGUGCUGCAAAGUAUGCAAUAUGGAGAAGAGCUUACUGCACAAUCUUGAUACUGGGUGCUCUGGCCCUUCUCUCUGUUGCUAGCUUGUCUAAAUUCUUUAUCUCUAAAUCCUUUCUUGACCCUGAAUCUCUAUGCAACCAUUUGAAUCCUGAGGAGUCAAAAGAAAUUCGAGGCAAUGCGAUUAUAAUGGCUCAAAAUGUAAUUCAGAAAAUUCAACAAGAAUUGGAGAGCUUAAGAGAUGCAGAGUCAGAUACAGCUCCUGUUACAGAAAUGAGUGCGUUUCUUGCUGAUAUUUUAGGACUCUUGGAAUCCAUGGGGGCAUCUCUUUCAGAUGAUAUAGGGACUGAUCAGCAUAAAAUCAGUGCUGCCAAUUCUCAUCCACUUUUGAAAGCAAAGAAACGAUCUGAUGAGCCGGCUGAUUACUUCCUCCGGGAGGAGAUUCGCAAGUAUGUGAAGAUCAAGCCUAAUAGGUUGAGAAAACAGAAUUUCAUGGGGGCUAAUGGAACUUUCACUAGUAUUGGCCAUGCUUGCUUUGCCAUGAAGGAAGAGCUUGAGGAAUACAUGAAUUAUGACAUAGGUGAAAUCUGCAAUGAUGACUGGAAACUAGCUCAAAAGCUCAUGGUUCAUGGCUGUGAUCCUCUCCCAAGGAGAAGAUGCCUUGCAAGAGCACCUCGGCUAUACAUGCAGCCAUUCCCAAUCAAUGAGUCCGUCUGGAAACUCCCGGAUGAUAGAAAUGUUCGGUGGAGUCAGUACCGGUGCAAGAACUUUGCUUGCCUUGCCGGGAACAACACUCGCAAGGGAUUCUUCAAGUGCUCAGAUUGCUUCAACCUCACUCAUCAUGAAAUGCCCAGAUGGGUAACAUUGGAUCUCAAUUCUGAAAAUCAGACUUCUGAUUUCCUAAUAUCUGACGUGCUUCAGAUCAAGCCUGGAGAGAUCAGAAUAGGAUUGGACUUCAGCGUUGGAACUGGUACUUUUGCUGCUAGGAUGAAAGAACACAAUGUGACUAUAGUUUCUGCAACUAUCAACCUAGGAGCACCCUUCAAUGAAAUGAUAGCUCUCAGAGGGCUUGUUCCUCUAUACUUGAGUAUAAAUCAACGGCUUCCAUUCUUCGAUAACACCCUCGAUUUGAUUCACACAACAAGGUUUCUGGAUGGGUGGAUUGAUUUUGUGCUGCUGGAUUUUGUUCUGUAUGACUGGGACAGGGUUCUGAGGCCAGGUGGAUUGUUGUGGAUUGACAGCUUCUUCUGUAUGAAGGAGGAUUUGGAUGAUUACUUGGAGGCUUUCAAGAUGCUGAGGUACAAGAAACGAAAAUGGGUAGUUGUUCCCAAGCUUGAUAAAGGUGAUCAAGAGGUCUUCUUUUCUGCUGUCUUAGAGAAGCCUCCUAGACCAUUCUGAUAAUCUCACAGCAAGAUUUGAGGUUCUUUUUGCUAAUAAUGAUAAGCCUCCUAGGUAUAAUUUUUGUGAUUACUGAUAAUUAAGUUCU